CUGUCGCGCAACGCGCAUGCGCACUGAAACACCAAUUAAUCGAAGUGCGUUUUAUUUCAUAAUUUUGCAAUAAAACCCCGAAUAAUUCCUCGAAUCGUGCAGCGAUGUGUUAAAUCACAAUUUAGCUCAAUUUAGGAAAAAAUCUAUUCAAGCAAUGGACUUAGCGCCCGACCAAGACAUUGUUAUGGAACGCCAAGGAAGUUGUUUAUUGCUGCGCUGUGACAGUCAAAACUCCCUCGAUGAAAGCUCCCAGAAACAACUGCCGCGGUCUGGGGGCAAAGACAAGCCACCCUAUCGCAACUACCACCACACACAGAGGGCCUUUGACGCUAUGAAUCUCCUGAGAAAACAAAGACUGCUGUGCGACGUGAUUUUGGUCGCAGACACCGUUGAAAUACCCGCUCAUAAGAUGGUCCUAGCCGCUUGCUCUCCCUAUUUUUACGCCAUGUUUACAAGCUUUGAGGAGAGCAAACAAGACAGGAUUGUUUUGCAGGAAGUGGACCAUCAAGCUUUGCAAAUUUUGGUCGAAUAUGUUUACACCAGCGAAGUACAAGUCACUGAGGAUAACGUACAAGUGUUGCUACCAGCCGCGAAUUUGUUACAAUUGACUGAUGUUAGGGAUGCUUGUUGCGAAUUUUUACAGGUGCAGUUGCACCCAACUAACUGUUUAGGGAUUAGGGCGUUUGCUGAUCUACACGGCUGUUUGGAGCUGCUGGCUCAUGCCGAAUCAUACAUUGAGCAACAUUUUAUUGAGGUUGUUGAGUGUGAAGAGUUCCUAACGUUGUCGCAUCAGCAAGUUUCUAAGCUAAUUUGCAGUGAUAGACUUACCGUACCUUCGGAAGAACAGGUGUUCGAAUGCGUAAUUGCUUGGGUUCAGCACGAUUUGGAUGCACGCCACAAGCAUUUAGCCUCUUUAAUGGAGCACGUGCGUCUCCCCCUCAUGUCGCAAGAAUACCUGAUGCAACGCGUCGAAGAGGAGCCUCUCCUCAAAGCCGAUUUGCAAUGCAAAGACUACAUAAUCGAAGCUCUGAAAUAUCACCUUUUGAAAGGCGACAACAAAACGACGUUCCGAACCCCUCGAACCAAACCACGACAACCCGUCGGCCUCCCCAAAGUCCUCCUCGUCGUCGGCGGUCAAGCACCCAAAGCGAUCCGAAGUGUGGAGUGUUACGAUUUCAAAGAGGAGAAAUGGUACCAAGUGGCCGAGAUGCCAACAAGGCGCUGCCGAGCCGGCUUGGCAGUCCUCCACGGCAAAGUGUACGCCGUUGGCGGGUUCAACGGCUCGCUCCGCGUCCGAACGGUCGAUGUUUACGACGCAGCUUUAGACCAGUGGAACACUUGCGACCACAUGGAAGCCCGCCGUUCGACUCUAGGUGUUGCGGUUUUAGGUAAUUGUAUUUAUGCAGUCGGGGGUUUUGACGGCUCGACUGGCCUAAACACCGCCGAAAUGUACGACCCCACAACGGCCAAAUGGCGCUCCAUCGCCCCCAUGUCCACCCGCAGGAGCAGCGUGGGGGUCGGGGUGCUCUACGGCAUCUUGUACGCUGUGGGGGGCUACGACGGCGCCUCGCGCCAGUGCCUCAGCUCCGUCGAGUGCUACACCCCCGAGAUCGACUGCUGGACUUCCGUGCCCGACAUGGGGUGCCGCCGGAGCGGGGCCGGCGUGGGGGUCCUGGAGGGGGUGCUGUACGCCGUGGGGGGGCACGACGGCCCCCAGGUCCGCAAGUCCGUGGAGGCGUACGAUCCCGUCAAGAGGUUGUGGACGGCAGUUAGUGAUAUGACGUUCUGCCGACGCAAUGCUGGGGUUGUUGCGCUCAAUGGGUUGUUGUAUGUUGUUGGGGGCGACGACGGGUGCAGUAAUCUCUCGUCGGUUGAGGUGUACAACCCCAAGACUGACACCUGGACGCUGUUGCCGAGCUGCAUGGGGAUUGGACGAAGCUAUGCAGGCGUGGCGAUCAUUGAUAAGCCGAUUUGAAAGUCGCCUCAUGCUGGCAACAGGGUCAAUAGCGCCACUGCGACGUCGACAAGAUACGCAAACUGCGACGAGAACAGCAACGCGGAGGGCGCCGUCGGCUACGACCACCAGCCGAACAUCUACGAGACCAUCGACCCGAACGCCAGCAGCCAAGAGGCCGAAAACAUCUACGAAACAAUCGAGGACAUCCGGC